GGGCUGCAGCCUUCGCAGGACGUAGCCUUUGCGGUCUUUGGAGGCCAGAAUCUCCGUAUACCGCAAAGGCUGAACCGAGCGGUGCUGAGGUUGCAGUCGGCUCUGGAGGAAUCCCAGCUAAAUAAGAAACAGCUGAAACGCAAACUUGAGGUACAGACUGAGACCCUGAAUAACAAGAUGGAGGAGCUGCGAGCUCUGAAUGAACACACACAGAGCUCCAUGACAUCUGAGGUGACGGAGGUCCAGAUGAAGAUCAUGGAGCUGGAGACCCUUAAGGUGGAGUUGCAGAAAACACGGCAGGAGUGUUGGGACAGAGAGCAGCUUGAUCUGACCAAUAGCAAGCUGCAGCGUCACCUGGAGCGAAGCAAGGAGGAGAAAGAGGAGCGAGAGAAAGAGGCUGUAUCCUGCUUUAACUCUUUAGAGAAAGCUCGAGAAGCAAACAGGGACCUCCAGGUUCAGCUGGAGCAGAUUCUACAGCAGGCCCAAGAUCCCAACAGUAAGGGGAACUCUCUGUUCGCUGAGUUGGAGGAUAAGCGCGCUGAGAUGGCGAGACAGCUCAUCAGUAUGAAGGUCCAGAAUGUGUCACUGCAGAAACAACACGCCUUCAGCAAACAGCAGCUGCAGCGCAUGAAGGUCCAGAUAGCCGCCCUGAUGCAGCUCCAGGGUUCCAGGGCUGAUCCUGCUCAGCUGGAAAGACUCCAGUCAAUGCUCUCAGAUAAAAAUGAAGAGAUCCAAAAUCUAACGACUAAACUGCAAAGACUGGAGAAGAUGGAGAUUGUGUUGAAGUCAGCUAAUUCUGCUACAGCAGAAAGCGGUGACGGCCAAGAUGAGACCUACUACACUGACCUGCUCGAAAUGAAGCUCAACGACAAUCUUAAGCACGCAGAGCUUCUGGCAGAUGAGCUUUCCCUGCAGAGGAUGAAAUCUCUGUCAGAGAGCCAGAGAGCUUUAGCGCUGGAGAGGAAACUCUUCUCAUCUGAACAGCGCCUCAAACAGACUCAGAGUGACAAGAUCAAACUGCAUCUCCGAGUCGAGGAGCUCCAACACAAGUAUGAACCCAAAGAGGCAAAAAAGAAUCUGACCCAGAAGAGAAAGGGAGAGAAACUUCCUUUUGACAUCAUACCCUCCUCUGAGGAAACCACGCUUGACAAGGGAGAGCGGGUUGUUGCCAUGGAGAUGGAUGUCACAAAUACUAAAACUGCAGACCCUGAAGCAGAUUGUUGUUGUACAGCUGAGACCGUGAGCUCCACACAAUUGCACAUUGCAGAGCCGGAGCCACAGCCUGCCAAGUGUGUGAAGAUCAGCCGAGAUGAGCCUGCUGAGAUUCCAAACCCCACCUCUUCUGUGACUGACUGUAAAGAGGAGGAGGAGCAGCAGCAGAACAAGAGAGAGAGAAGAAAGAAAGAAACUGUUGAAGUGAUCCAUGUCAGCUCCAACAGCAGCAUGGAGAACGACUGUGCCCAGCAGUAGCAAUCAUGUAUAUGUUAAUAGAUAUAGAUCGAUAAUCAUUCAAAUGUUUCCAUUUUUGCCAUUCUUUCUGCAGACUUUACUGUGUUUGCUCUCUGUCAAUAUAUGUAAAUCUUAAAGUAUUAAAAACAUUUAGCAAAUAAAAUAAUUCUGUGUUCAGUUUUCCAAAGCAUAACUAUUAAUCACUUAACUUCAAUUCUGUUAAUUCUUCAACAUGAAUUGUUUUGCAUAGUGGUGGCUGAAAAUGUAAGCAACACGUCUUCUGAAACAUACGUGCUAUGAAAUAAUGUGUCUGUCGGACCCUGGGUUUAGAAAGUCUUGUUGAAUUGGAUCACGUGACUUGUGUGUAGUGAUGGCGAGCUGAAGCUUUGAAACUUUCUAUCCACUUGGUUCACUCGUGGGCCGAUGCUUCAUGGUGCUUCAUUUGCUCUGUGCCAUCAAGUGGACAAUACAUGUAAAACCGGCAGAGUGAUUAUAAUGGGAUGGCUUUGGUGUGUGAAGCUUUGAAUGAAUGAUGUUUGAUGCCAAUACAUAAAUUAUUGACUUAUUAA